CCCAGUGGAGGGGGCGCGAGGGACCGACAGGGGCGGGCCGGAGGCGGGGCUGGCGCUGGAGUGCAUGUCCCGGCGGCGGGCCGCGGAAGCAGUGCAGACACGGGCCCUAGCGUGUGGCUGCUACUGUGAGGCGGUUGUGGAAGAGUUUCGUGAGUGCUCGCAGCUCAAACCUGUGGCUGUGGAUCCGUGGCCACAGCUGGUUGGCGUCGCCUUGAAAUCCCAGGCCGUGAGGAGUUAGCGAGCCCUGCUCACACUCGGCGCUCUGGUUUUCGGUGGGUGUGCCCUGCACCUGCCUCUUUCCCCCAUUCUCAUUCAAGGUUAAAUCUUCCUAUGCUGUGUUCUUCCUGCAGCCAGCAUUCCCUAAGAGAGAUGUGUCAUAUCCUUUGCAGUUGCUUGUUUACUAUCUUCCCCGCUAGAUUUGCAAGCAAACUCCAGGAGGGACGGACUUGGUUUAUCUUGCUGUCCUUACUGUCUUGCCCCAAAUGCGGGGCCUGGCACAACACAGUGAAUGCCCACCCAUUGUGUUGUUAGUUUUAUGCCCUAUGUAGAAAAAGUAGACCUGGUUUAGGAUUAUUUAGCAAAUAAUAAUUAGAAAAGAAAUGGUAGAGGUGACAUAUGAAGUCACUGAAACGGUGUAAACCUGCAAGAUAGCUGAAAGAGGGCCAGGCAAGGUGGUUAGACCAGACUGUAUCAAAAUGGGCUCAGCCACUGUGAAUGUGUGUGCUGUGGUAACAUAAUCUCUAAAAAUGAAAUGUAAAGCUUAAAUCAUCUCUAUCACAGCCCGAUGGUUGGGCUUUGGGUUUGCUUUGCCUUUUUGCAAAAGAAGGUUUUUGAAAGUGAAAAAUAUUUUAGUGAAUGGACGAACAGUUUAUUGGAGUAUGGCAAUAAAACCUGUUCAAAGUAAGAGACAUUAGACAUUGUACCUAGUUAAAUCAGAUUUGCUUUUGCUAUCCUGAAUAAAGGCCUUGCCUCCUGCCAUUUGGAGAGACUGGCAUCUGAUAUAGGCAAUUAUAAUGCUUCUUUACUGUUUCGUUUUCAAACCUCAUUUAACACAAUCUCCUACUGCUUCAUCCCCCUACAAAGCAGACUUUAUUUUGAUGAAUGAUAUAUUACAUUGCUUCUGGUGCCUGCUAUUAGAUCUUUAAGCUCUGCCCCAAAGAUAGGAAGCACUGGUGUUUGGGCCUAAAAAAAAGAUGUGAGAAUUCUUAGAUUUAUAUAAUGUUCAUUCUCUGCAUGUUUUGUUCUUACCUUCACAUGUUGCCUGUAGAGCUUCUUUGUGUUACAAUAAUGAAAUCAAGCUACCUGAUAUGUAUUGGACACCGUCUGGCAUCUGCUUGUUGAGCCACUUUUGAAUACCGUCUAGUUAAUAAAGGUAUCCAUGGAGAACACUGAAAACUCAGUGGAUUCAAAAUCCAUUAAAAAUUUGGAACCAAAGGUCAUACAUGGAAGCAAAUCGAUGGACUCUGGAAUAUCCCUGGACAACAGUUAUAAAAUGGAUUAUCCUGAGAUGGGUUUAUGUAUAAUAAUUAAUAAUAAGAAUUUUCAUAAAAGCACUGGAAUGGCAUCUCGGUCUGGUACAGAUGUCGAUGCAGCAAACCUCAGGGAAACAUUCAGAAACUUGAAAUAUGAAGUCAGGAAUAAAAAUGAUCUUACACGUGAAGAAAUUGUGGAACUGAUGCGUGAUGUUGCUAAAGAAGAUCACAGCAAAAGGAGCAGUUUUGUUUGUGUGCUUCUGAGUCACGGUGAAGAAGGGAUAAUUUUUGGAACAAAUGGGCCUGUUGACCUGAGAAAAAUAACAAACUUUUUCAGAGGGGAUCGUUGUAGAAGUCUAACUGGAAAACCCAAACUUUUCAUUAUUCAGGCCUGCCGUGGUACAGAACUGGACUGUGGCAUUGAGACAGACAGUGGUGUUGAUGAUGACAUGGCGUGUCAUAAAAUACCAGUGGAGGCUGACUUCUUGUAUGCAUACUCCACAGCACCUGGUUAUUAUUCUUGGCGAAAUUCAAAGGAUGGCUCCUGGUUCAUCCAAUCGCUUUGUGCCAUGCUGAAACAGUACGCCGACAAGCUUGAAUUUAUGCACAUUCUUACCCGGGUUAACCGAAAGGUGGCAACAGAGUUUGAGUCCUUUUCCCUUGACGCUACUUUUCAUGCAAAGAAACAGAUACCAUGUAUUGUUUCCAUGCUCACAAAAGAACUCUAUUUUUAUCACUAAAGAAAUGGUUGGUUGGUGGUUUUUUUUAGUUUAUAUGCCAAGUGAGAAGAUGGUAUAUUUGGUACUGUAUUUCCCUCUCAUUUUGACCUACUCUCAUGCUGCAGAGGGUACUUUAAGACAUACUCCUUCCAUCAAGUAGAACCACUAUGAAGCUACCUCAAACUUACAGUCAGGUAGUUGCAAUUGAAUUAAAUUAGGAAUAAAUAAAAAUGGAUACUGGUGCAGUCAUUAUGAGAGGCAAUGAUUGUUAAUUUACAGCUUUCAUGAUUAGCAAGUUACAGUGAUGCUGUGCUAUGAAUUUUCAAGUAAUCAUGAAAAAGUUAAACAUUGAAGUAAUGAAUUUUUAUGAUAUUCUCCCCACUUAAGACUGUGUAUUCUAGUUUUGUCAAACUACAGAAAUGAUGAUGUGGAAGAACUUAGUCAUCUGUGGGCAUGGUCAAAGGCUCAAACCUUUAUUUUAGAAUUGAUACACAAAGAUGACUUAACUGCAUUUUUAGACCAUUUAUCUGGGAUUAUGGUUUUGUGAUGUUUGUCCUGAACAGUUUUGUUGUAAAAAAAAAAUAAUGUUUAAUAUUGAGAAAGAAACUAAUAUUUUAUGUGAGAGAAAGUGUGAGCAAACUAACUUGACUUUUAAGGCUAAAACUUAACAUUCAUAGAGUUUUAACUGUAAGGUGCUACAAUGCAGCUGAUCUACCAGCAUAAAUAUCUUCUGAUUUGUCCCUAUGCAUAUCAGUUGAGCUUCAUAUACCAGCAAUAUAUCUGAAGAGCUAUUAUAUAAAAACCCCAAACUGUUGAUUAUUAGCCAGGUAAUGUGAAUAAAUUCUAUAGGAACAUAUGAAAAUACAACUUAAAUAAUAAAAAGUGGAAUAUAAGGAAAGCAAUAAAUGGAUGGGCUGAGCUGCCUGUAACGUGAGAGCAGAUGGUUUGAGCCUGAGCAGAGACAUGACUCAGCCUGUUCCGUGAAGGCAGAGUCAUGGACCAUGCAUGGACCACUUCUCCAUACACACUGGUGUGUGUGGAUGAUGCUGCCAGGGCACCACUGCCAAGUAAGAAAGUGAAGCACAUCAGAAACUUGUGAAGUGGAAAUGUUCUAAAGGUGGUGAGUCACAAUAAAAAUCAUAGUACUCUUUGUAGCAAAAUUCUUAAGUAUGUUAUUUUCUGUUGAAGUUUACAAUCAAAGGAAAAUAGUAAUGUUUUAUACUGUUUACUGAAAGAAAAAGACCAUGGCACAUAGGACUCUAGACAGCAUCCAGCCGGAGGCCAGAGCUGAGCACCCAGCUCAAGAGGCAGGCUCCAGGCCUCAGCAGGCACUGAGCUGUCACUGCACCAAGUCUCACUGGCUGUCAGUAUGACAUUUCACGGGAGAUUUCUUGUUGCUCAAAAAAUGAGCUCGCAUUUGUCAAUGACAGUUUCUUUCUUCUUACUAGAUCUGUAACUUUUGUAAAUACACAUAGCAUGUAAUGGUAUCUUAAAGUGUGUUUCUGUGUGACAAUUUUGUACAAAUUUGUUAUUUUCCAUUUUUAUUUCAGAAUAUACAUUCAAACUUAAAAUUA